UUUGAAAAAUAGGGCAGGGUUAAGCUGAGACAGUUCAUGCUUUCUCUAAGAAGCCUGAAGAAUGUGAAACAAAUUGAAGAAUUUCUCAAGUAUGGUUUAAUGGUACCACAUACAAGAUUUGUCUUCAGUGAAUCUGAAUCAACUGCAUUAGAACAGUUUGAAGGUGGCCCUUGUGCAGUGAUUGCACCUGUGCAGGCAUUCCUUUUGAAGAGGCUUUUCACCAGCGAAAAGUCUACUUGGAGAGACUGUCCAGAAGAGGAGCAGAAGAACCUUCUCUGUCAUACAUUAUGUGAUAUUUUGGAAAUGGCUUGCUCUGAUAAUUCUGAGUCGUACUCUCUGGCAACAUGGAUAAGAGGAAAAACAACUGAAGAAACUGCUAGUAUUUCUGAAAGUCCUGCAGAAUCUAGUCGUCAAGAGGAACAACCUUCUGCCUUGGCUGUCGAAGAGCUUGGCUUUGAGCGAUUUCAUGCAUUAAUUCACAAACGAGCAUUCAAAAGCUUCCCUGAGCUGAAGGAUGCAGUUUGGGAUCAAUAUUCAGUGUGGACAAACAGAUUUGGAGUAUUGCUCUUUCUGUAUUCUGUAAUACUGACAAAGGGUAUUGAAAACAUAAAAAAUGAAAUUGAAGAUGCAACUGAACCAUUGAUAGAUCCUGUUUACGGUCAUGGAAGCCAAAGUUUGAUUAACCUCCUGUUGACUGGGCAUGCUGUUUCUAAUGUGUGGGAUGGAGACAGAGAAUGUUCAGGAAUGAAACUUCUUGGUAUACAUAAACAGGCAACAGUAGGCUUUUUGACAUUGAUGGAAUCUCUGAGAUAUUGUAAGGUUGGCUCCUAUUUGAAAUCUCCAAAAUUUCCCAUUUGGAUACUUGGUAGUGAAACACACCUCACAGUCUUUUUUGCCAAGGAUAUGGCCCUUGUUGCUCCUGAAGCACCUUCAGAACAAGCUAGAAGGGUUUUCCAGACAUAUGACCCUGAAGAUAAUGGUUUUAUACCUGACACUCUGCUAGAAGAUGUGAUGAAGGCUCUGGACCUUGUUUCAGAUCCUGAAUAUGUAAACCUCAUGAAGACCAAAUUAGACCCAGAAGGACUGGGCAUCAUAUUACUGGGUCCCUUUCUGCAAGAAUUUUUCCCUGAGCAGGUAAUCAAUGUAGCUUUAUUGCUACACUUCCAUCAAUAUCACAGAGCUGGUUUUAAUAGUAGGUAUUGCAUUCGACACAGCUGACCAGCAAAUAACUCCUUGUAUUACCCAACAAACUGUAGACUUCCAUUUUGCAUAAGGUGUCUGUGAUUUUGUCAGCUUUACACUGGAAGGAAACUCCAUUGUAGCGACAAGUUCUAGAAUUAACUUUGGGAAAUAUAUAAUCAUUUUGCAUAUGAAGCUGGACUGGUUCCCUACUCAGAAAGUUCAUCUGAGUUUGUUUUUUCUGAGAACACACGGCUGCACUGUUUUUAUCAGUAUUACAAAUGUCUGCUGUAAUUGCUAUUAAAAGAGAAGAGGUUACAAACAUAUUUAAAACUAUUUUAAUGUGUAUCUCUAAGAAUGUAACAUUUUUGACAGUUUAACAAAAUGUCAUGAUAGACUUAUGUUCAGCAUAUGUGGAAGUCAGUAUCUGCCAGGGUAAUGGAAAAUUAUUUUCAAACUCUCAAUCUGUUCCAUGUAUUGGAUAAGAUAGCACCACCACUGGGAAGCACGUGUUAGCCUAGCACUCCCUUUGCAUUGUCCUGCCCUCGUGCUGCCACCCUCCAGCCACCACCAACCUCUUGGUACAGAUAUGUGGUAAACCAGAACAGGGAACUGGUCUGGAGGAGAGCUCCCUUUGCAGGUUUACGGAGGUUUGUUCCAUGGUCAUGCAAAUGCUUGUAUCGGCAGGAGAGAGAGGGUUUCCCCAGUGACAGAAAGACAGGCUGGUGAGGCAAGAGAAGGGCUGAAAGGAGUACUUCUUUGGAGGCUUUUGUGGCUUAACAUGUCAUUGAAACUAUGUGGCUUAAUUUUUACAACCAUGGAAAUGUGAAACUGACAUUUUUAAAAUGCCUUCAGCAAGACCGUUUUUGUUAAGGUCUGUGCAGAACUGUUUGGGUGCAGUAUUUUCUACUAUGAAACAGUCCGGCCAUUGAGAAGACGCUGCACUGCCAAAGAUGGUAGAGACUGAAUGCAUCAUUAAGAGAUGAUUCAUCACCUAGAGGAAAAAGAAGGAGUUAGAGUGUUCAUUUUCUCCAGAUUUACAGAAUUACAUCUGCAUUGUGUAUUUGCCAACUGUUUCUUCUUCCUUUCCUUUGUAUAACCAGAAUUGGAAAUAGCUUUACAAUUGAAUGUAAUUUAAUCUUAUUUCUUGCAAUUAUAGUACACUUGCAAAUCUGGAAGCCUCCACUGCUUAAUUUUAGGCCCCAGAUGCUUAGAAUGAAGUUCAGAAAGCCAAAGGACAUCCUCCAUGAUUGGCUGUGCCUAAACUGUCCAUUACUGUGGGUCGUAGGUAGCUGGAGGAGAAAAGAGCCAUGGUAUGGGGCUGCUGCCUCUGUUGCCUAUUGCUGAAGGGCAUCAUUGCCUGAAGAAGGCAGCUGGAGAAGGGAGCGUAGUGGAAUCAUGGGCAGAUCCCCACCAUAGUCCCCUAGGGGGUUGGUGGAGAAACUCCUUCCCUGCUGUAAGGUUGAGCCCCCAGGUCAGUGCCUGUCCAUCAAGUACUAAUUCCCUGCUGCACGUGGUUCCCCACCACUCAGUUUUGCCUCUGCUUGUUGAACCUUUGCUGGGUCCAGUACAGCACAUGGGGGAAGGGUUACUGCCGUAAGGGUACGGGCUGAACAAUCAGCACAUUUUGGACUGGGACCUGCCAGUAUCAGUUACUGAAUGAAUGCUGAGGGCACAGAUGUGUUGUCCAAUCUGUCUGUGCUCUGUGGAUCAGACAGCAGGAGCCUCGUUCAGAAUUCUUUCUGAAAGUGAAAUUCUGCAGAAAUGAAGAUAAAUGUCUUUCUUUAAAAUACUAUGAGGAAAUAGCAGAUGCCAGUGAUGGUUGGAAUUGUUGAUGUUCCCCUUGAGAACUUACCUAGUGCUUGGAAGAUCCAGAUUCGAUUCCUUCUUUGCUGAGAAUAUUCAAAACCCCAUUUUACUCUCCUAGAAAGUACUAAACUCCACCUCAAAAGCAGGAAGGGAUCUCAGCUUUCCUUUUCAAAGCUGUUGGCUUAGAAGAAAAAUAUUCAAAGAUCAUUCCGCCUGAGAGAGCAAGCCCGACUCUUUAGUGCUUAGGGCAGUCACCUGGAGAGAGGGAUUCUUGAAUUCUCUGGUAGCCCUUUUUUUGGGAAACAAUUCCUGCACAAAACUCUUAACAUCCACGAGACAGGAACUGGAAAUCAGCCCUUCUUUUCCUUCAGGGUGAGCAUACCUUCCCCGGGGAAAAGAAUUAAGUGUCCUCUUUCCUUCCCAGCAAAGCUUGGUUUUAUUCAUCUCUGUGAAGCAACUUCUGUAGGCAGAGUUACCGCUUACCUCCCUUUUCAGCACCCUCCCUCCACUGAGUAGCCUGGGUUGCUGUGAGAGACCCAUACAGAGAGAAGGGGGUUGAAUCAUUUAAGAGGAGAAAAACGAAUGAGGGCUUUUCAUAACCUGAUGGAUGUAACUGCAACCUGAGCAGAUUUCUUUGCAUUCCAGCCUUUACCUCCACGUACUUUAAAAAGCGAUAAGCUUUUGUUUGGAGCCUGGUCCAGUAGGCACAAAAGAGAUGAUAUUACCCCUCAUUUGUGUUUCCUGAUUCAGUGAAAUGCAAAGCUCUUCAGUCCUUUUCGGACUAAGGCAUUGAAACGCCUGGAGCGGUAAAAGGUUGGCAACUGCAGUUCAUCUGCUGUGAGGCUCAGCUGAGCGGGUGCCUGCAGUGAGGCAGGCAUGGGCGUGAAUAACUUUUCAGCUCUCAGCUGGGGGCUUGGAGGCUGGAUCUGGUCCUUAGGAAAUAUUUAACUUAGUAGCAUCCAGACCAUCAUAAAUACACGCGCAUGUGGCUACUGCGUAAGGUGUCUGACUUGAAAAAUUGGGACAGUUUCUACAUGCUCAGUGCUGAAGUUGUAACUUAAAGUGUCCAGAGGAACACAGAACAUCGCAACUUGCUCUUGGGGGCGUUAACCCAUUAAUUUAUUGACAUUACUAUUUUUGAUGAGAAAGAUAAAAUGAACAAAAUCUUAGAGAUGAUGUCAUCUAAAAGAAAUUGUACUUUUUUACAAUUCCCUUGAGUCUUCCUGUUUAAAUGCAUCUGUUUAGUUGUAAAGAGAAGAGACUGUCAAGGCACGGUGUAUUUGUUACGUGAAAUUAACGGUCCUCUUUUC